AUGGCUAAAUUGUUUACGUUUGGUGUCAUUAGUUUAACAAUAACGCUUAUUUUAGAGACGACGGGACGGCAAGUACAUAAAAGAAGUUUGAAUGAGACAAAAUGCCUUGAAAAUGGAAGAUUUUACAGGAAUACGGAUAUACCGCAAGAAAGUUUGCGGACCAGAGACGAAUGUGCCAAAUAUUACCUUUGCGUUGAUGGGGAGGUAUUCGAGUUCAAAUGCACGCAAGGGUUACUCUUUGAUGUUAAUCGCCAGCUGUGCGAUAUGUACCAAAAUGUGCACAAUUGCGAUGUCACAACAGAAAUCUUAAUACCGAAACCGCUUUUGGAGAGGGCAAAAUGCGCCAACGAAACUCACCUGGGUUGCUCUGAUAACCGUUGCUUGCCGGCGGAAUAUUUUUGCGACGGUUCCUUCGACUGCGAUGAUUCUUCAGACGAAGGCUGGUGUGACCUAAAUAACGAUCCAAAUUCGGCGGAACCAUGUGAUCCUAACAUGUGCUUGUUACCGGACUGCUUUUGCACAAAAAGCGGUAAAGAAAUACCAGGAAAUCUUAUUCCAAACCAGACGCCACAAAUGAUAACGCUAACUUUUGAUGGCGCGGUAAACCACGAAAACUGGGACAUUUACAAUAAACAUUUAUUUACCAGCGACCGAAAAAAUCCCAACGGGUGUCCCAUUAAGGCUACCUUCUUCGUUUCGCAUCCCUAUACAAAUUAUAGGCAUGUACAAAAGCUGUGGAAUGAUGGACAUGAAAUUGCAGUAAAUUCAAUAACACAACGAGGACCGGAAGAAUGGUGGUCUAAAAACGCCACCGUGGAAGAUUGGUUCGACGAAAUGGUUGGCCAAGCAAAUAUAAUCAACCGGUUUGGCAAAGUCUGGAUGGAAGAUUUCAGAGGUCUUCGGGUGCCCUAUCUUUCUGUAGGUUGGAACCGCCAAUUCCUUAUGAUGCAAGAAUUUGGCUUCGUGUACGACGCGACUAUAGUGGCGCCGCUUUCUGAUCUGCCGUAUUGGCCCUACACGCAUGACUACAAAAUGCCUCACGGAUGCGCAAGAAACAACCAAUAUUGUCCCACAAGAAGUUAUGCUGGGCUGUGGCAGAUGAUAAUAAAUCCUCUAUCAAAUGGGGAACACACAUGUGAUACUCUGGAAUACUGUUCUUCAACACUCGAUAGUGAAGAUGUGUACAACAUCUUAAUAAAUAAUUUCAAAAGGCAUCAUUUGAAAAACCGGGCGCCAUUUGGCAUACAUUUAAAUGGUACAUGGCUAAAAAACACUCAUUACCUUGCUGUAUUAAAGAGAUUUAUUAUUGAGCUUUUAAGAUUGCCAGAUGUAUACUUUGUAACAUACCGUGAGGUCAUCGACUGGAUGAGGAGACCAACACCAGUGCUUCAAUUAAAAAAGUUUCAGCCUUGGCAGUGUAAGGAUCGUCGUUUUAAUGAAAAUGAAAUUGCUUGCACCAUGCCCAAAACUUGUAAAUUACCUUCAAAAGUAUUAGAACAUGAUAAGUAUAUGAUAACUUGUGUUGACUGCCCAAAAAGUUAUCCCUGGAUUAGAAAUGAAUUUGGUUUUGAAUAA